GUCAGUAGACUUUGUAAAAAGAAUUAUUAUUUCUUCAAUUUAUCUAAAAGAAAUCAAAAUAAAAUAAAAAUAUUAUAGGGAAUCAUAGAUCAAAAUAAAUAUAAAAUAUUCGUGCCAUGCACGAACUUACAUCUAGUAAAUUUUAAUUAAUGGGUAGUAAAAUAAUUUAAGAAGUUCUUGUUAAAAAAUAAAAAAAUAAAAAUAAAAAAAGAGAUAUAAACGUUAAGGAAAUGCUAUUAUCCAUCCACCUCCAAAGUUUCUAAUCCAAAUCCUCAGCACCGAACUUUCUUGUUCUUGCUUACCUAAACCCAAUCGUCUCCUUCCUCUCCGGCCUGACCGACGACAACUCCAGGUGAAAUUGGGUAAAUGAUUUGCUGUUUAACGUAGAUGAAAUGGUAUUGGCAACCCAUCAUAUACAGGGUUUUGUUUAUUGUUAGGGAGGAACUAUAAAAAUGGAAAUUUUAGGGCGGCCCCCCCUCAGGGACGGGCCUGGCGCUGCAGUUGCGGUUCCGCUAAGAAAUUCAUCAUGGAACAAAGGAAUAAGAUUAAGGCAAAAUAUAGUCCGGUUUCAAAUGAUUUCACGAACCGAUAGGUGUAUCUCACUGAAGCCAACUUUUCCUUUGAGGCCAGUACCCAGAUUUGUACAUGAAGCUAAAGGGAAAUCGUUUCAUAUUUCAUCCUUCAAAGCAAACUUUCAAAAUGAUAAAGCCAGAGAUGCGUCAAUUAAACCAAUAUCACCCAAUAGCUCAGUCAAAAUUUCUUUCCUCCCGCACGAAAAGGAGGAAAAUUUACAAGUGUCUCCCGCAGCACAGGACAUGCCAGUAUCUUGUACGUCCGAGUCAGACAAGACAAUAUCUCAAUCUCAGACUAUACAUGGAUUAUUCUUGAAAUGGUUGAAUCUUCUGCGAACAGGAGCAACUGUUGAAACUGGAGAUGGUAUCCUGGAAAAGCCACCUCAAAUGGACCAUUUGACUGAGCAAACAGCAACCAAGUCUAAGGAAAGAGGUGAGACUCUAAAGGUGGUUUUGUGCUACUUUCUGGGACUGGAUGCAACAAUAAUGGUUCCCUUACUAAUAUUCAUUCCUCUCUAUCUAGCCGUAAAUGUGAAGUAUGGCAGUCAAGUUUCAAGAGAAUUAACCCCCUUGUGGAUCAUAGGUCCCCUGAUUGUCGCUCUGUAUGUGAAGCUGCUACGGGGGAUCUUUGCUCUAUAUGUUUUCUCCUUCAAGCAAUCAGUCAAGGUAAUUAAAAACCUACCGACUUACUUCUCAUUAUCGUCGAGUUACAUUGCUGAAGGCAAGCUUAAAGAAGACAUCAGAGCACGAUUUUGGCAACCUUUUGUCAACAUAAAAAACCUGGACUACAAAGAGUUUACUAUGAGAAAAUGGAAGGUGUUUCAAGAGUGGUUUGUUGAGAAGUACCUUGAUUUCGUGGAGUCUAUAUGGCCGCACUAUUGCAGGACAAUAAGGUUUCUAAAGAGAGCUAACCUUAUCUAAUAUUGUUUGUUUGCGUCAACUAGAAAAGUGCUCUGUUCUGAAGGGACCGGGCUAUUCAAACAUGAAUGAGUUGCAUCUGCUAGUGGAGGAAUAGAACCUAUUUUGUUUAUCUGUUUCAUCUUCUUUCCUCUUUCACAGCACACUAUCUGUAGGUGAAGUUUAGUGUACACCUGUAAUGUUAGCCAUUUUGUCUUUUUGGAUUCGAGUUCAGUACCUCCACAUUGAGGAGGAUUUUGUUUUUGUUACUUCAUCCAUCUUUAUCAGUACUGAGAUGAGCUCGAAAUCUUCUGAUAAAGUAUCUGAUUAAGCAAGCCUGGCUAAUUAUUUCUUUUUUGU